AUGUUAAAUAGCAAUCAACCUCCAGGAGUGAGACUUGAUCCAAUCGGAGCACCAAACAAUGAAAUUUUAGAUGAUAAACCUAACCAAUUAUGCUGCGACCAUGCACAUGUUCCUUUAGAAAAACUGACCAAUUUGCAGGAAGAAAAUGAAUUGCUUAAUUCUUCACUAUUUGCUCUUACUACGCAUUUUGCACAAGUACAGUUCCGAUUAAGACAGGUUGUAAGUUCUUCUGAUGGUGAUGAGAAUGUUUUAAAGGCGUUAGAGGAUUUUGCUUCUACUGGAAUACCAGAUGUGGGUUUAAUAAAAGAAAGAGAAAAUGAAAAUACUUUGAGCGAGGAAGUAAGAAAGAAAAGAGCUCAUCAAAGAAAACUUUUACAAGAUCUUAAACAAGAGUUUUGUGGGUUAAAACAAGAUGCUCUUAAAAAAAAGGAAGAAUUUCCGGAUGAGUUAUACGAUAAAUUCCAAGGGCAUUUAAAUUUAUCCAGGUCUAAUUACAAGAGAACUCCGAAAGACUUUAGUAAAAUUGUUGACAAAGCGUGGAAAAAGCUAGAAAAAUCCUCAAAGACAAAAGAUUAUUUAAUAAGUGAACUAAAAGUGCAGCUUGAGGACUUGGAAAGAUUUAUUAAAUACCUACAAGAAAACAAAUUACAAAUAAAACAAAACGAAAAAACUUUGCAAACUAAAAAAGUUUCGGAAAGUCUAAGCUUAUUUCAAACUUCUAAAUCAAUAAUAAGAAUGGUUUUUGCUGUAUACGGCUACGACAGGAAUAAAUAUUUCAAUGGGUUUAAACUAAAUAAAAGAAAUAACGUAAGCUGGAUAGACCUAAGAAUAAAAUUGGAAGAAUCCAUAAUAAAAAUAAAGGAAGUAUACGAUUUCGAAUCAGAAAAAGAAUACGAUUAUGUAAGUGAUGAAGAACAUUGCACAGUGAAGUGUAAUGUAGCUCUACUUACUGCGAUAAGGCAAGAAUUAAUACCAAGCAUCAGAGAUUUAAUAGAGCAUGGAUCUGCCAAUCUUGAGUCUACUAUGGUGCCAAUUAUCGGUUGUAUACCUUGGUUACCUUAUAAAUCUAAUACGAUGCAUGCUUGGGACAUAAUAUUAAAAUACUACAAAAUAAAGAAUGGAGAGCAAUACAAUUUGAAACCAUCAAGAAAGCUUUCCAAUAGUUUUAAUCUGAAUAUCGAGAAGACGUUAACAGAAACUGAACGAAUUUUAAAAACUAUUGGUAAAAUUAUUGAUAUGCACGCUCCUUAUAAGAGAAAGCCCAAUAUGUAUUUUAAGUCUUUUAUUUCUGAAGCUUUAAACAACAAUAAACUUAGUUUAUGGAUGAAUAUAAUAUUUCAAAAUGGCAAGCUGAUUAAAUCAUGCUAUUUAGCUUGGAGUUACGUUAGCCAAACUAGAUUUCAAGAUGUUUUAGGAAAUUUCGAUAAUUUAAAAAAAUUUAAUUUUAAUUUACCCAUUAAUUUAGCCGUAAAACAAUUCGAGGAAAUUGAAGAUGUGAUAUGA